CCUCUUAUCAUUAUUAUCCCCUAAACACACACAACAAGCGUACUUUCAUGUAUCUUAUAUGUAUACAUUUAAUUGAAGGAGCUAUGUCGGGACUCUUCCAAAUGUGAAACCAAGCUCUGAAACUUAAACCUCACUAUUUUGAACAUGGAAAGAAAGUUCACUAAGGACCAUAUUAAUAGGAAGUAGGAUGUUUCAUUUGAAUGUAAGCAUCCUUCGGAUCCAUUGCGACGAUUAUUGGCAUUCUUUGGGACUGUGCUUCAGCACAACAAGUGAUGCAACUAUGGGCCAAACAGCUUGGUUUACAUUAUGAUCGAAGCUGAGAGCUGUGUCGAAGCAAGCUUAGCUGGGCAUCACCAUAGUUUUCUUGGACAGAGACGUAUCUCGAGUUGUUUAGUAGUCUCUGAAACAAAUAAUAAUGUAUGAGCCAGAAUCAGAUUCUGCUUCUUGGGGUAUUUUCAACUUGGACCAAAUCUUCAAUAAUAAUCACUAUGGGGACCAGACUCAACAUGAUGUGAAAAUCUGUCGUGAAUGGUAUUCUAGCAAUAGUCAUUUUGACACAGCGAGUGACAACAUUGACAAUGAUGAGAGUAUUGCACAUGCUCUUCUUGAAGAAGAAUUAUCACAAUUAUCAAUUGUAGAAGCUCCUGAAUUAUCAUGUAGGGAAGAUUACUUGGAAGAAUCCAAUGUUGUCCCGAAUUGGCAGAGCCCUUCAUACUAUGCAGGGCAUGAUGGUUACCUGGGAGAGACUGAUGAUGUGGGAAGUUUAUGCUCCAGUCCUGGUGAUAGAUCAUAUGAUGAAGAAGACUAUUCUUGUACUUUGGAAAUUACAGAUGAAUCUGAGCUUGAUGGUGAAGUUGAAAAGAGGUUAUAUCAAAUGAUUUCUGUUCCUCACAUUCCAAGAAUUAAUGGAGGCAUACCUUCAAUUGAUGAAGCAACAUCUGACCAUCAAAGGCUUCUAGAUAGAUUGCAGUUAUACGAAUUGGUUGAGCACAAAGUUCAAGGAGAUGGGAACUGUCAGUUCCAUGCUUUAUCAGAUCAAUUCUACCGGACUCCUGAGCACCACAAAUUUGUGAGACAGCAAGUAGUUCAUCAGCUUAAAGCUCAUCCAGAAAUGUACGAGGGAUAUGUUCCCAUGGAAUAUGGUGAAUAUCUGAAGAGGAUGUCCAAGAGUGGGGAGUGGGGUGAUCACGUUACUCUGCAGGCUGCUGCUGAUUCAUAUGGUGUGAAAAUUCUUGUUAUAACUUCAUUUAAAGACACUUGUUACAUUGAGAUUCUUCCCAAGGACCAGAAGUCAAAAAGAGUCAUAUAUUUGAGUUUCUGGGCUGAAGUACAUUACAACUCAAUCUAUCCUCAAGGAGAUAUGCCCCCAAGUGACAUUAAGAAGAAGAAGAAGUGGUGGAACUUUCGGAAUAAGCAUUAGAAGUAAUUAAUCAUUUGAAACUAAUACUCAAGAAAGUAUUUAGUUUCCAUUUCUUUCGACCCUGCAUCAUCUUCUUUGGCUGAGAAGCAAGUACUUUCUCGGCUCGAUAUCUAAAUAAGAAGUGUGGCUAAGCGAUCCUCUUAUUCACUAGCUGUUACUGUACCUGUGCUCUUUUUUUUCAAUCACUAUAUAUAUAUAUAUAAUAUAUAUA